GUAGUGUCAAUGAGUAUGUACUUUGCGCUGUAUAAAUUUUGCUAUAAUGUUGUUAAAGUUUACCGGUGUUUAUUAUUAAAUAAUUGUUGUUUAUCAUGACUAAAAUAGGUAUCUAGAGUUUUAGUAGGUAGCGAGCAUGGACGGAGGCCGAGACGAGCACGCGUGCUUCAAGGGGGGCUCGCCCGGGGAGGCCGAGGGAGACGACGAGAUGGACCUGGAGGACGGCUCCGGGGACGACGACGACGAAGGGGCGGACGCCAGGUCCUCGCCCAGCCCCGAGCCCCCCUCGCCCGCCGGCCUGUCCCUGGAGCACCCGGAGGACUCCGCCUCGGCGCUGGUGCUAGGCUCCUACCAGUGCUCGCCGGAGGACGGCUACCUCUCCCCGCAGCACAAGUUCGGCUGCCACGUGGGGGGCAAGCCCCUGGGCAUGCGUCGCGGGCCCGGCCGGCCCCGGAAGGAGCGCGAGGGCUACUCCGCCCUGCGCUCCCCCAAGAAGUCGCUCGAGCUCAAGAUGAAGUGGAAGAGCAGUAACAUCUACGUGCGGGGCAUCGCGAAGCUGGGGCUGCUGGGGGAGGAGGGGGACGCUCCCUCGGGGUCACCCAGCCCCGGGCGGCUGCCCGAGGACGCCGGGCCGUCGGGCCUCCCGCCGGAGGACAAGCUGUCCGCCCCGGAGGAGCCGCCCUUCUUCCCGGAGCAGUGGCCGGGGAAGGUGUGUGCGCUGUGCUGCCUGGGGGAGCGCACGCAGCUGGGCCAGGGCGCGCUCCUGCGGCUGGCGUGCGCCGAGGGCUUCACGCCGGACCGGGGGCGCGCGGGCGACCCGGGGGCCAGCCCCUCCGGCGAGUCCGUCAUCAGCGACACUCCCAGCGGCGGCGACAAGAGCCCGCGCGCCGUCACCGUCCGGCGCCAGAAGAGCAUCUCCAAGAGGCACUCUUCGGUUGGCUUUUAUGGGGAGCCGUUGGACGAGCUCAGCAUGGUGGGGUAUCUGGACGAACCAGAAGUCAGCACUAUAUUCGAGGCGUCUGGCCACUUCUACGUGCACCAGCGCUGCGCGACGUGGUCGGUGGGGGUGACACGGCCAGACGACCCGGCCGUGUCCGCGGCGGGGGAGGCCGUGCUUCAGGCCUCGUCACGUCGCUGCUCGCACUGCGGGCGGUUCGGCGCGAGCAUCGCCUGCACGGCGGGGGCGUGCCAGCGCUGCCUGCACCUGCCGUGCGCCGCCGCCUCGGGCGCCUUCCAGGACCCCAGCACGGCGACGCUGGUGUGCGCGCAGCACCUGGACCAGGUCCCGCUGCUCAUAAUGAGCGACGUGUCCUGCCGGGUGUGCUUUGCGCUGGGCGACGUCUCCAACCUGAUGAUGUGCAGCGUGUGUGGCGGCCACUACCACGGCAGCUGUGUCGGGCUGGCGCUCCAUCCAGGCGUGCGCGCGGGCUGGCAGUGCUCCGACUGCCGGCUGUGCCAGGUGUGCCACCUCGCGGAGGACGAGGCCAAAGUGAUGGUGUGCGACGUGUGCGACAAGGGCUACCACAACACCUGCCUGCGUCCCGUCGUCACCUCCAUCCCCAAGUACGGCUGGAAGUGCAAGUGCUGCAGGGUGUGCAGCGAUUGUGGCUCGCGCACGCCCGGCUCCGGACACUCGUCGCGCUGGCACGCCCACUACACGGUGUGCGACUCGUGCUACCAGCAGCGCAACAAGGGCUUCUCCUGCCCGCUGUGUCGCCGCGCCUACCGUGCCGCCGCCUACCGCGAGAUGGUGCGCUGCGAUCUCUGUCGCAAGUUCGUCCACGGGACGUGUGACCCAGAGGCGGACCUGCUCUCGUACCAGCGCAAGAAGGAGGCCAACCCGGACUACGAGUACGUCUGCCCCAUGUGCAAGAGCGUGACGCAGGCGGGCCGGCAGAUGCUGCUCAAGAGGAAAGACAGUAUCGAAGAUGGUAUGGAUUCUAGUCGUUCAGCGUCCCAGGAGUCUCUGUUGAUCGCAGAAGAUUCCAACAUGGAGAUCGAUAUCACUCCACCUGAAAAGUGCCGAGAGGCGUACGAGGACGGAGCGGUGCGGACGGUGGGCCUCGGCAAGGGCAAGCCCUUCUGCGCCAGCAAGAUCGCGAAGAAGAAGCUGGGGCUGAGCCCCGUGUCGGGCCGGCCCAAAGGGGUCGGCAAGGGCGGGGCGGGGCUGGGCAAGAUCACCGGCUACCAGAAGCGGCAGCGCGCCAGCGACUUUGUGCGCAAGAGGCCCCUCAAGCCGAAGAUGAGGGGCAUUUUCGGCGUCCCGGGCCUGGGGCUCCAGAGGCCGCAGGCGGACGCGGCGCAGUCGAAGCCGGAGGACGACCCGGGCAUGGAGAACCGCCUGGUGCUGUGCUCCGCGCGGGACAAGUUCGUGCUGACCCAGGACAUCUGCGUGAUGUGCGGGGCCAUCGGCAUGGACCAGGAGGGCUGCCUCAUCUCCUGCGCCCAGUGCGGCCAGUGCUACCACCCCUACUGCAUCAACGUCAAGGUGACGAAGGUGAUCCUGCAGAAGGGCUGGCGCUGCCUGGACUGCACGGUGUGCGAGGGCUGCGGCCAGCGAAACGAUGAGGCCCGGCUGAUCCUGUGCGACGACUGCGACAUCUCCUACCACAUCUACUGCAUGGACCCACCCCUCGACUACGUGCCCCACGGCAACUGGAAGUGCAAGUGGUGCGCCAUCUGUCUGUCGUGCGGUGCCAACGACCCGGGCUUCAACUGCACGUGGCAGAAGAGCUUCACGGAGUGCGGGCCGUGUGCGUCCCACGCUACCUGCCCGUCCUGCCUGGAGCCCUACGCCGAGGGCGACCUCAUCAUCCAGUGCGUGCAGUGCGAGAGGUGGCUGCACUGCAUCUGCGACCAGAUCACCAACGAGCUGGAGGCGGAGCAGUGCGCGGAGGAAGGCUACAACUGCAUCCUGUGCCGGCCGCGGGACGUCCCGCCCCCCCACCUGCUGCUGCUCUCCCAGCCGCCCAAGGUCAAGUCCAAGCCCCGGCUUCCGUCCCCGCCCAGGAGCCCGGAACCUCUGGCAGCGGAAUCCCAGUAUUACGUGGACGGCGUCUGCCUCUCCGAGACGGGCAUGCACCACAUCAAGUCCCUCAUACCGGAGCAGGAGCCGGACAUACAGUCGACGUCUCGCAAGAAGCGACGGAGGAUCCCCAAGAAGGUCGUGACCAUGGCGGACAAGGAGGCCGGGAUCAUCGCAACCAUCGAGUCGGUGGUAUCCGGCGGCAGCUUCGACGGCGGCCUGGACCCGGACGUCCACGUGAAGGAGGAGCCGGAGGACGAGCCGGUGGAGGUGUACAAGGAGGGCAUGAUAGUGCCCCCGAGGCCGGACGGCAAGCCGCCGGAUCCCCCCGAGGGGUUCACCAUCUACACCACGGACAGCGGGGUCAUGGUGCUGCGCAGGAAGCGAGUCCGCAACCUGCAGAAGCUGGGGAUCGGGGGCUUCAACGCGCGGCUGCGGGGCGUGCGCAAGGACAAGGACGAGGACAACGCGGAGGCCCCGGCGCCGGGGGGCGGGGGCAACGUGCCCACCACGCCCACCAGCGAGGGGGCGGGGGGCGCCCCCGCGAGCGGGUCCGAGGAGAAGCCGCGACGCAAGCCCGCCCGCCGCCGGCCCCGCAACAAGCUCAUGGAGAGCUUCCCCUCCUACAUCCAGGAAGCAUUCUUCGGCAGAGAGCUGUUGGACACGACAAAAGAGAAGGACGUGGGCAGCAGCGCCAGCGACUCCGACGAGGAGAAAGUGCAGAUUCUGCACGUCACGGAGGACAAGAUCAUACAGCUGUCGAAUGAUGAGCUGAAAGUGAUGGAGGAGCUGAAGAAAGCGAAGCAAGAAAAGGAGGAGGGGGAAAAGGAAAUAAAGAAAGAACGUGAUGAAGCUGGGGAAACCUCAGUUUCUAAAUCUCCUGUUAAGGACGAGGACGAGGGCGAGGGGAGCGAUGCGGAGGCCCUGAAGGACAUCCUCCCGCUGCCCGGAGACCUGCUGGACACGGAGCUGGUCAAUACCAUCAUGAACGACGACGAUGACAUCACCAAGAGCGGCGAGAACCUGGACGACAUUGCUGACUCCACGCUGGCAGAUGACUCGGAGCUUAAUGAUUCGUUGUCUGUGACGGAUGGAACAGCAGAUGUAUCGGCCACAAGCCAGAAGGACGAACUUUCGGACAUUUUCUCUAUUGUCAGAGAGUCAGGCCUGCCGGACAUGGACUCGAAGGACAUGGAGGAGAUCAUCAAGGGCGUGCUGACGGACGAGUCGCAGGAGUCCCAGGAGUCGGGGUUCCCCCAGCUGGGAGUGUCCGGGGGCAACCCAGGGACGCACGGACCCCUUCUCCCCCAGCACGGCUCCCCGUCGUCGUCCUCCCACGCCGUUCUCCAGCCUGGGGUGGGACUGGCCCGGUCGCAGGUCCCCGGACCGCUGCCGCCCGUCCAGUCCAACCUCCCGUCGCCCAUCGGCUUCCCGCCGCCGUCCCCGUACCACUCCGAGUACAGCAACAGCCCGCAGUUCAGCCCCGCCUUCUCGGAGCCGCCCAGCCCUUGGCCGGCCGACGAGGGCGGGGACGGCGGCAGCCGCGGCUCGGGCGGCGCGACCUUCAACCAGCGCAGCACGCUCAAGAUGGAGGCGGACGAGCUCCUGGGCAGCGGGGCCACCAUGUCCAUGGUGCUGUACGCCAACCUCAACCACCCCGAGUGGCGCAAGGAGUACCCGGUUUGGGCAGAAAGGUGCAAACAGAUAAUGAAAAAAUGGAGAGCUCUUCCUUCAGACAAAAAAGCGUGGUAUCUUCAGCAAGCGCGGGAAAACAGGUCUGCGAUCAGGAUGAAGAAAACUCAACAGAUCCCAAAGGAAAUGUCCAAGCCCUGUGCCGCCACCACCACCACCACCACCACCACCACCGCAACCGCCAUGUUGACCACCUCCACUUCACCGACCAAUAGCGCGGCCAGCCCGCCGCCGCCGCCGGCGGAGGAGCCGCCCCAGCGGCCCGCCGAGGAGCCGGCCCCCGGUAACGAGGACCAGGAGAAGAUGCUGCAGCAGCAGAAGUCGACGCGCGAGGCGGAGCAGGAGCGGCAGUGGAAGCAGCUGCAGGCGCUGAGGCAGCAGCAGGCACAGCAGCAGCAGCAGGUCAUACAGGAGCAGCGAGCCCAAGGGGGCCUCUCGUGUCGUGUUGCAGCGAUGGCCCGGGCGCACCGGCAGGUGUCGGCGGACGGCGUGCUCUACCCGGCGGAACAGCCCGGGCCCGGACUGCCGCUGCCCGCCAUGCAGGAUGCUGGCGCGGUGGUGCUGUCGCAAGGCUCGCGGCAGGGGUUCCCGCCCCCGGCCAUGAAGGUCGGCCGGCUGCUCCCGCAGGCCGCCCCCGCCCCCGGGCAGUUCCAGCAGGUGGGCCUGCCCCCGCCGCCCCCGCGCCAGGAGAUGAUGGUGCCCGUGCGUCCCAGGAGCACCCCCGCGCCCGCCGUGGGCCGGCAGCCCGGCGCCCCGGCCGAGCAGUUCCCCGGCCGGCUGGGCUUCCCCUUCUCCCCGCAGUCCCCCCACCCCGACCCGCUGGGCGAGCAGCAGCAGUACCCGCCGGCGCCGGGAACCCCGCGCCCACAGUUCGCGGUGCGUCCCGCCUACCCCUACCCCCCGCAGCAGGGCCCGGCCCCCCCUCCCGCGGGGCAGCCGCCCGCCCCCGAGGUCAGCCGGCAGCUGCGAGACCUCCUGCAGCGGCAGCAGCUCAAGAAGCUGGAGCAGGAGCUGCAGGGCCAGGGUCGCGUCUGGACCACAGAGGGGAAGCCGGGGCCGGAGGGCAUGGCGCUGGCAGUGCCGCAGCAGCAGCCGGGCUUCGAUGCGCCGCCCCCCUCCCCGCACCCCGGCAUGGACGGCACGUUCCGCCAGCCCCUGCCGCCCGCGCUGGUGCGCCAGCGCCUGCCCCUGCCCGCCAGCGUGGUGGUUCGCCAGCCGCUGGCCGUGCGACACCCCUUGCAGGUGGUCGACCCGCGCCUGCAGGGCAUGGACCCGCGCAUGCGGCUGAUCCUGCAGCAGCAGCGAGCGCUCGUGCAGCAGGCGGGGUUCCCGGGCCACGCCGCGCAGCACCGGCUCCCAGCGCAGCACCAGCUGCUGCACCAGAGGCCCCAGCCCGCGCCCUUCCCCCCAGAGGUGCAGGGGGCGGGGGGCAUCCUCGCCCCGAGCGCGACGGCGCUCGCCCAGCGGCUGGCGAGGCACGCCCAGGAGGGCGGGCCGCCGGCACAGCUGGGCGUGUCCAUAAUGAGGCUGGCACGCCAGUCCCUCGACCACAGAGGCCCAGUGAGCCAGCAGCAGCUGAGCCUGCCGGCGCCCGCCGCGCCCCCGCCCCCGCCCCAGGACUCCCAGGAGAUCCCGGAGAGCGUGACGGCGGAGCUGGAGAAGCUGGAGCAGGAGGAGGGGGGCGGCAUCGCGGAGGUGGAGGGAGUGGGGGCCAUCCUGGCUGACCUGGGAGACGACGACGAGCUGCUGGCAGAAAUGGGCAACGACUUCAACAUCCUGGAGUAUGCCGACCCGGAGCUGGACUCGGUGACGGGCGGGGAGAAGACCAACAUCCUGGACGAGGGACUCCUUCUGGAGGACGAGGAGCACAAGGAGGAGCACAAGGGCGUGAAGCGGGAACUCCCGGAGCCCGGCACGGGCCAGAGCGAGAAGGCCAGCGGCGAGAGCCGGCCGCAGGAGACGGAGGAGCCGCCCAAGGCCCGGGCGUCGGAGGAGCAGCGGGGCCCGCCCCCCACGCCCCCCGCGGCGACGCCCGGGAGUGGCGCCCCGACCCCCGAGGAGCAGGCCAGGUCCCCCGCCCAGCAGGACCUCGCUCAGCUGCCGCAGCAGGUACUGGCUGGUGCACCCGCUCCUCGACCUUUACGGCACGAUUCACAGGAGCGUGGUCACAGAUUCAAGGGGCGGCAGCCGCUGGCGGGGAGGAUGGGGUCCCAAGAGGGCGUCCCCGUCAGCUUCCAGGGCGUGUUCUCCACCCAGAGGGUGCCUGCAGCCGCCUCGACGGCCCAGCUGCAGCGACUGCCGCCGGGCCACGUGCAAGUGUCCCAGGGGCAGCCCGCCCCGUCGCGGGACGCCGCCGCCCGGAUGCCGCUGCCCCAGCAGCACCAGCCGGGAGUCGGGGUCAGUAUGGGUGCCCCCCCGCCGCCUCCCCCGCCCCCUCCCCCCUACCCCGGCCCGCCCCCGCCGUACCCCGGCUCCGGCGCCUGCCAGCAGAUGCCGGUGGGGAGCGUGGCGCGGCCGGGGGUGGCGCCCAGACCACCGCCCCUCGCCGCGGUGUCCCAGGCGAUGCACCCGGGACCCGCCCCGAACUUGCAGCGUCGGCCGCUGCUUCUCCAGGACCAGCCGCUGCUUCUGGAGGAGCUGCUGGAGCAGGAGAAGCGGGAGCAGGAGAAGCAGCAGCACUCGCAGCCCCCGGGGCUCAGCCCCUCGCCCACCGCCCUGCUCAGCGACGCGGACCUGGACCUGCUGCGGGCCAACGUGCUGGGCCCCGCCCCGGGCGCCGGCUCCCCGCCCCAAGGCCAAGGGCUGCACCAGGGCUCCGGCCGCAGUCCGUACCCCCCGCGGCCCCUCCUACAGUCCCAGGCCAAGGUGAUGGACUGGCAGGGGGGCGGGGGCAUGGUGCGGCUGCCCCAGGCCCCGCGGCCUGGCCUCCCGGCGGAACCAGUGAACAGGAUACCGCUGUUCAGCCUGCCGGUGCUGCCGGCGCCCCAGGUGCCGCCCGACAGCGUGGAGACGGAGGCGGACCGCCAGCUGCAGCUGCUGUACGAGCAGUGGCUCAGCAACCAGAACCAGCUGCUGGCCAAGCAGCUCAAGUACUACGAGACCGAAGUCAGCAAGCUGCGCAAGACCCGCAAGUCGCUGAACAGCAAGCAGCGGCAGCUGCGCAAGACGGGCAACGAGCUGUCCGACCAGGACUCCCAGGAGCUGCAGCGCGUCACCGGCGAGCAGGCCUUCCUGCAGAAGUACCUGGACACCAGCCGCAAGCAGAGUCGGCAGCACUCGGUGCUCAUACAGGAGUACACGACGAAGCACCUGAAGCAGCGCGGCGCGGCCGUGCCCAGCCCCAGCCCCGGCGCGCUGAUGGCGUCCCACUCGCCGCUGGGCGUGCCCGGCUCCAGCCCGGGGCACCACCCGCCACCCCCGCAGUCCCCGCUGCUGUCGCCCUCCCCGUCGCCCCUGCAGAGCCCCGGGCCGCUGCUGCACCACAGCCCGGGCCACCCGGGGGGCGGGCUGAGCCCCUCGCCCCACAGCCUCCAGCCGUCCCCGCGCCUCGGCACGCCCCUCUCCCAGGGGGAGGAGAGCCCCUUCAGCCCCGGCACGCCCCAGGAGCUGCUGCGGUCGCUGCCGUCGCCACAGCAGGUCUGCCCUCCGCCGCCGCCCGGCCGGCUGACCUCCCCGCAGGCCCACGGGGCUCCCCGCAUGACCUCGCCCCAGCACAGGCCGGCCCCCCGGCUGGCGACCAGCCCCGGCGCGUACCCGGGCCAGCCCCCCUUCCCGGCGGAGCAAGUCAGAAUGCACAGCAUGCCGCAGAGGUUCGCACGCUCCCCUGUGAACACCAGCCCAGAAGGCGGCAUGCCCCCGCGACCACCACGUGUGAUAUCAGUUCAAGGUCAGAAUGUGACGGGUGUGUACCUCCAGCAACAAAGGCCGCCCCAGUCGCAAGCAUCGCUUGUGAGCAUGCAGGGCACUUCUAUCCAGCAGCAACAGCUACUGAGGCAGCAGCAGAUAACCCAGCAUCAGCUACUUCAGAGACAGCUGCAGCAGCAGCAGCAGCAAAUGCUUCAACAGCAGCAGGUGAUGACUCAGCAGCAGGAACAUUUGUUGCAAGAUGGGACUCAGAGACCACAGCAGCAACUUAUCCUACAGCAUCUGGAGGGUAGCAGUCAGCAGCAGGAACCGCCACUGCAAGAUGGUGCGCAAAGGCAGCUGCACAUGGCCCAGCAGCGACAGUUGUUACUGCAGCAGCAACAGCAGCAGCAGCAACAACAACAACAACAACAGUUACAACAGCAACAACCACAUCAACUGGAAGAUGCAAGCCACCAAGAUGAACAAAUCCCAGACAGUCUGCAAAGGCCACCGCAGCAUCUGCAGCUGCCCCAGGAGAGGAAAAUGUUGCAACCGCAAGUGAGCAGCAGCCAGCCCCAGGAACAGCAGCACAAAGACGGGGUGCAGCGGCAGCAGCUGCACAUAGUUCAGCAGCGACAAAUUCUUCAACAGCAGCUGCAGGGUAAUCCCCAAGAACUGCACGUGCAAGAUGAUAACCAGAGGCACCUUCAGCAGCUGCAGCUGGCACAGCAGAGGCAGAUUUUACAGCAGCAGGGUAUCAGCCAGCAACAGGAACAGUUGCAGCAAAAUGACAGCAUUAUACGACAGCGUCAGCAGUUGCAGCUUUCGCAGCGACAGAAUCUGCAACAGCAGCAGUCUGAACAAACACAGCAGCAACAGCUCCAGAUGGCCCAACAAAGACACCUCUUGCAACAACAACAACAGCAGCAGCAGCAGCAGCAACAGCAACAGCAAAAUAUCUCUCAACACCAAGACCAGAUGCAGUCAUUGCAGAUAGUGCAGCAAAGGCAGUUAUACCAGCAACAACAGGAACAGUUGCAGUCACAGGAUAGUGUUCAGAGACAGCAGCAACUGCAAUUAGCACAGCAACAGAGACAAAUCCUGCAGCAGCAACAGCAGCAGCAGCAACAACAGCAACAACAGCAACAACAGCAACAGCAGGCUUUAAAUCAACAUCCUGAACAGAUACAGGUGCAGGACAGCAUGCAGAGGCAACAGUUGCAGAUGGUUCAGCAGAGGCAAAUGCUUCAGCAACAACAACAGCUUGUGCAGCAGAGGCAGCAGCUGCAGCAACAGUUUGCAGUACAUCAGCAGAGACAGCAACUCCUCCAGCAGCAGAUAGCCCAGCAACAGCAGCAGCAGCAGCACUUGCCUCAAACGCCUGCUUCACCCAUGAGCCAUGCUGCACAGCCAAGAAGCCCAGCUGUUCACAGCUCACCCAUGGGACACGGUCACACGUUGCCAAACUCUCCAUUGCCACCACAGUCGCCCGCUAGUCAGCAGCCACCGAGUUCUCCCAUGCUCCAAGGAUCAUUCUCGCAGAUGCCUAGCUCUCCGAUGCACCCCAGGAGCCCGAUGGUUCACGGAUCACCCAUGACGGCAAGGGGCAGCAAUGGUGUUUCCAGCAGCCCUGCCAAUCCUGAAAGGCCCCACAGCACGGAGAAUCCCACCACGCCCCGCACUCCACACGCUGUCUACGCUCCCCUCACGCCUCAAGAACAGCCUGCCCCCUCCAAACACGAAAACACGGGUGGCGGAGGAGGGAACCCUCACAACCCCAACAAUCCCAUCCCCUACCCACCCAUGUUCGGUAGGUUCGGGUACUGCAAGCUGGGUCUGCGGGGAGGCUCUCCGAUAUGGGCGGUGGGCGGGGGACUAGGGCGGGGCAGUCGGCAGCAGAGCAGCACCAGCAAGAGUGAAGGAGGGGGCAGCAGCACUGACAAUGUGUCUGGAGUCAUCAUAUCUUCUGUUACCAGCCAAGAUGCGGUCAAACCGAACCCUAAAGAUCAGUCUGCUGUCGGUGCUGACUACCACGAGUUUGAUGGUGAGCGUUCCCACACUCCACCCAUGUCGUCUCCUAAACAUCUGCAACAACAGUUGAAAGAAUCCUUGCUGCAGCGGAAGUCUGUGGACGAUGAUUUCGUGAACAGGUCACCCAACGAAACUGGUUCUCCAAACGAAGUAGUGGUUUCGGAAGUAGAUGGGGAAAACCGCCUGUUGGAUCGCCUUGAUGAUAUUGCCAGGAGCCAGUCCGUGGUGUCUCUCGAAGAUAACCUCGUGUCUUCCAUCAGAGAGGCAAACAGCUGUGAUCCGGAGUGUCACAGCGUAGUCGUGCUCACGGACUCUGAGUUUGCGCAACUUUCGAGCUCCCUGGAAGACGCGGUGAUUGAGGAGUGCAUCGUCUCGUCACCUGGACUUGUCAUAGAUGUGAAAGGAGACGACAUGGUUGGUGCUAUGGAAGAAGUUGAUGACCAAGAUACAGAGAUGGUUGUGAUGGAAGAUGACAUCACAAGUGAAAGCAAAGAAGAUAGUAACAUUGCAGAAUAUCUCAAACAAGACGGUGACAGUAAAAUGGAAGAAGGUACUAGUGACUCAAUGCUGGAGAACACAGGUUCAGAGGAACUCACAGUGCACGGCAGUCCACCAAAGAGUGAAGAGUUUUCUUCUACCACCGAUGCUCAAGAUUUUAGGUAUUGUGAAGUGUCUGUUGAUGACCAAGGCAAAAACCAAAUUGUGCUGGACGAAGCAGAAGGAAUUUUGGUUGAUUGUUCCACUGGUGCUAGAAUUGAAGAGAAUUGUGAUAAAACACCUCCCAAAAAAGAUGAUACUUUCAAAAAGGAGAAAGUUGUACGUUCCGGUGUACCUGCAAGAAGUGAAGCUGAAAACGAAUUGUUCGGCAGAUCGUUGUUGCCACUUGAAUUGCCUCCGUCAGCGCAGUUACCACCGUCAAGCAUACAUCAGGCUAACAUUGGAAUCCCUGGAGUGCCCCGACCUUCAGUUACAUAUCCUACAUUUCCUAGGCCGCAGUUCGGUUCUCUGAAGGAGGAUGUGCAAGACUUGCCUUUCCUUCGGCAACCGGCAAAAGUACCGCAGCCGCAAUCCACGACGACCACGUCCGUGUUGAACACGGUCAUAGCAUCCGUGAUGGUCAGUCAGCCUGUCACUUGCUCACAUUCGCCUUCUUCUUUGGAAUCUGUGGGCACGGUGGCGAGUACUGCUUCAGGUGCGUCUGUGAGUGAAGAUGCCUCCGUAAGGCUCACGUCUGGUUCUGUGUACCAUCCGCCUCCGGGGAGCUUGUCCAUCAUCAGGUCCGCGAAUGCCAACGCCGUUUCGACCGCCAUCAACCUCAUGAGCUCUGCCAUCGCAUCGACCGUGCCGCUGCCCGUAAUGCGGCCGAUGAGCCCUGCCAGCCUGGUGGCAGAUGCGAUCAGCGCGGCUCGCUUGCCGUAUCCUCCCGGGCUGACGCCCCUGACCACCGCCCAGGGCGGAGUGAGCGUGAUAGCAAGUGUGCCGAAACUCACCACCACAGCCACGAUGUGUAACCAGGCCGUGACCUUGUCCCAGGUCGCUCAGAAUAGUGCGAAAAGCAACUCCGAAGCAGACGGACUAGCAUCCGCACAAUCUGUGCUGUGCAGGAUACUGGAGGACGACUCUCCUGACGCUGCGAAGCCUGUGCCGCCCACGCAAGAUGAGUUAGUUUUUUCCUCUUCGUCUUCGACAAGGCCGAGCGUGUUGGAAAAUGUUGGCGGGAAUGCAGUGCAACAUGAAAUGCCUGGUCGGUUUCAUUUUCCUGGCCAGACGGACGAGGAGGAAGAGGACGAUGUACUCAUGAGAACGAUGACGCAGAUAUUCCAGGAUACACGUCCCAGCGUUGUCACUGCCGUGGACAAAGUUGGUAAAGUUUCACCAAAAAAUACUUCGGACUUGACCUUACAAUUGAAAACCAUGAAGAAUCUAAGACAGUUGGAUGAGCCUAACAAAGACCAAGAUAAUGUUACAUCUAGGUCUCAGCUUGAUGAAAUUUUGAACUACUCUGUUGCGAAUAUGAUAGAAAAAAUGCAGGCAGACACUACUACAGCAGCUUGUGCAUUAGUCAGAAAAGAGUUACCAGAAUCUACCCAUGCACAAAACACAUGGGACAAACCAAGGAUCUCCGAUGUUCCAAUCCAGUUCCCACAGACCUCCAACGUUCAGUCCAAUCUAAUGUCUUUACUAGAUAAGGGUGCAGCCAGAACCACGGAGAAAACAUUAACAUUGAGCAGCUCGGCAUUCGAGAGCAAUUUGUCAGCCUCCGGUCCUGGGAGCAGUAAUAGCUUGAGGAGCGAAGCUUUAGCUUACGCAGCAACUCAUUUCGGUACAACCUUCUCUGCCAUCCCAUCUGUCGUCAUGAGCACGAGAAUAUCCCAAAACCUGCCAGUGCCCACACCAAGUACUGUCGUCGGUCAGCAGAAAAUCGCAGGCAGUAAACCAUCGCCGGUCAUACAGUCCGUUGCAGUGCCUUCCCCUCAAGUGUGUGGCCCCUCCUGUGUUCAGAAGAGUGUGAACGUGAUAACGAGCCAGGCCGGUGGCAUGCGGAGGGACGGUGUCGGUCACUCUAGCUCGUCAGACAUCUCGUCACGCACUUCAACACCGAUGGUAUCCUUGGGGGUGUCCGGUGUCAUAACUCCCACACAGGCGACAAACCAGGUAAGGUAUAUUCCAGCCAUGUCUGCCCAGCCCUCAACCGUACCGAAACUGCAGGUAUCGUCUAGUAGUUUUUACUCCGGGGGAAAAUUCAUUCCUAGUGAAAUUGGGCAGAGGAUGUCCACCUCUUUGUAUGCACAGUACUCGGAUUCUUCUUUCCGAAAAUCUGAAUCGUACGGAGAUGGCGGGCACGCGACUCCCUCGCCGUACGACUUCGUGGGCUCCCCCCCGCACGCCGGCCACGUACCCUACUCCGAGGAGAGAUCGAAGGGCAGAGGCGAGCCGAAGCACGAGGGAAACUUCCCCAAGUCCUGCCGGUACGCGGAAACCUCCGCGGCGGCGUCCGGGAGCUCCUCCGCUCCUUCCACGGUCAUCUCCCAGUCGGUGUCGACGAGCUCGGUCGUGAAGCUGGAGCCCCAGGACGGCCCGGCGGGCGGGAAGUUCUCCCUGAGCCAGGCGAGGCUGGAGGAGUCGCAGAACGUCCUGCUGAAGCAGCUCCUGCAGAACACGGGCUGCGCGCAGACGCAGCCGCAGCCGCCCCCGCCGGCGCCCUCCCUGGAGGAGCAGCUGGCCAAGCCGUACUCCCUCCUGCCCCCGAUCCUGCCCGAGCCGCCGUCUCCCUCCAUGUCGCCCCAGGCGGGCGUGAAGCGGGAGCAGCCGGCGCCGCUCGUCCAGAUCAAGCAGGAGCCCGGCACCGAGGACUCGCCGGCCCUGUGCGACGUCGAGGUCAAGGACAUCAAGCUGGAGAUGCCGCAGAUCAAGCUGGAGGAGGCCUUGGAGCUGGAGCUGGGCGAGCGGGGCAGCCUGGACCAGGCGGCUCUAGAUCUCAAGAAGUUGAAGCGCAGGCAGUACGCCCAGAAACGACGCCAGAGUCUCGGCAAGGAGACCAUUAGUGCAGGAGUCCCGAAGAAACGACAGAGGAAGGGCUCAAAAGUAGAAGAGGACUAUGAUAGCUUUGUUGAGAACCUGCAGGUUCAGAUGCAACAAAGCCUGCCGCCGCUGCCGGUCAUGGAACCGGAGCUCCAGCGGAACCACGGGGUGUGCCCCGUGUUUGGGGCGGGCGACCUCUCCAAGGUCGGCGGCUCGAAGCAGUACAGCACACGUCGGGGCGAUCUGGACGGGGAGUACGGCCGGGCCACCUUGCCCCACGUGUCGGACUACUACAACACCCGGCCGUUCGGCGACCUGAAGCCCUUGCCGGUGCCGACUGCCCCCACCACCCAGCGGGGCUUCUACAGCCAGGAGUUCGCCCCCAUCAAGCUGGACAGCGAGGGGGAGGAGAGGCGGGGCAGGGACCGGAGCGUCGGCUCCCCGGACAGCAUCGUCAGCUCCUCUUCCCCGGAGUGCGUCGUGCCCGAGGCACCCGCCAAGUUCCCAUGUUUGUUUGCGUUUGACGGGGAUGAGCGGGACAAGGAGGAGGAGGUGGUGAAGGUGAGGCGCAAGUCUCCGGUCGUCCCGCUGGUGGUGCCCACCCCCAUCAGGCUGAAGCCCACCAACCAUGCCAAGAGCCUGAAGGAAGUGGACAAGGAGAACGCCAGCCCGCGCGACCACCUGCAGACGAAGGCGCGGCACGGGGUGUCGCCGCUGCGGGACGCGGGCAACGUGACGGUGACGCUGACGCUGACCUCGGCUGCAGCGGAGGACAUCCUGGGCGUGCUGCGCGACCUGGCGAACGUGCUGCGCAUCCCCGCGCCGCCGGGCUACCAGGUGGUGGAGCGCACCUCCACGCCGCCCAGCCAAAAGCUGGGGCUGUACCGCACCAAGGGGAAGGACGGCAAGGAAGGGGCGCCCAUCGACAUCCAGAGCAUCCUGAACGGGGCGGCCAAGUUCUGCCGGCACUGCGACGUGGUGAUCCUCAGCAACAUGGUGCGCAAGCGGGCCAGCGACCUGCCCUUCCUCAACAAGGAGGAGCUGCUGGAGAACGGAGACGACCUGUACUUCUGCAGCACCAACUGCUACGUGCAGUUCGCCCUCACGCACCGGUCCCCGUCCAUAUCCCAGGACAAGGCAGCUGCGAUCAUAGACCACCUGUGCAACGUGGCGAAGGGCGAGAGGGAAGUGGCCCAGAAGGCGAAAGCGAAGUCCCGGGAAGCCUCGGACUCGGAGGAGAAGGAGGAGAAGGAGAAGGGCUCGAAGAGAGACGACGACGAGGGCUUUGACCUGAAAGUUACCGUGAAGAGAGAGCCUGACGAGGAUCUCCCAGACGUGAAGGAACACUUCAGAAUCGUGAAAGUGAAGCUGGAGGAGGAGGCCGUGCCACCCGUGGUGGACGUGAAGCUGGAGCUGGGGCCCCGGGAGACCGGCGCGCUGAAGCACGCGAGCGCGGACGACAGCGGGGACGCGGGGGAGGGGGAGCUGCAGCCCCCGCCCCCCAAGCAGUGGAAGGGCGUGCAGUACAAGAUCUGGAGCCCUGGGGCCGCCCAGCCCGCCCAGCGCUACAAGCGCCCCACCGAGAAGGAGAUCACGGAGCUGUUGUUCCGGAUGGGCAUCACGAUGAUGCCUGCCAAGAUCCCAGACGACACCAGGAAGUGUUUAUUUUGCCAUCAGAUUGGGGACAGUGUGACAGACGGACCGGCGAGGCUGCUGAACUUCGACGUGGACAAGUGGGUGCACCUGAACUGCGCUCUGUGGUCGGACGACGUGUACGAGACGGUGAACGGCGCCCUCAUGAACCUGGAGAACGCCCUGCAGCUCUCGCUGGCCAGCGCGUGCUCGCUGUGCCGCCGCGCGGGCGCGACCGUGCGCUGCUUCAAGCCGCGCUGCUCCGGCGUCUACCACCUGGGCUGCGCGGUCAAGGACGGCUGCGUCUUCUUCAAGAACAAGAGCGUGUACUGCACGGCCCACGUGCCCAAGAACGAGAAGGACAACGAGCUGACGACGCUGUCGGUGUUCCGGCGCGUGUACGUGAACCGGGACGAGAACCGCCAGGUGGCGGCGGUGAUGCACCACACGGAGCAGAGCAACCUGCUGCGGGUGGGCAGCCUCAUCUUCCUGAGUGUGGGCCAGCUGCUGCCCCACCAGCUGCACAACUUCCACACCCCCAACUUCAUCUACCCCAUCGGCUACAAGAUCAUCCGGUUCUACUGGAGCAUGCGGGUGCCGAACAAGCGCUGCCGCUACGUGUGCUCGAUCCACGACGUGGCGGGCCGGCCCGAGUUCCGGGUGCUGGUCCAGGAGCCGCGCCAGGACGACCUGGAGCUGCGCGACGUGUCGCCGCGCGCCGUGUGGUCGCGCGUGCUGGAGCCCACGGCCGCGCUGCGCCGCCAGGCGGGCGGCGUGCAGCUGUUCCCCCGGUACGUGUCCGGGGAGGACCUGUUCGGCCUCACCGAGCCGGCCGUCGUCCGGGUGCUGGAGAGCCUGCCAGGGGUGGAGACGCUGACGGACUACCGCUUCAAGUACGGGCGCAACCCCCUGCUGGAGCUGCCCCUGGCCAUCAACCCCACAGGCUGCGCGCGCUCGGAGCCCAAGCUGCGCAGUGCGUUCCCGUGGAAGCGCCAGCACACCCAGCGCACGGGCUCCUACUCGCGGCCGGUGUUCGUGCCGACUGCCACGCUGGCGGGGGAGGCGUCCUGCCCCUACUCCAAGCAGUUUGUGCACUCCAAGAGCUCCCAGUACAAGAAGAUGAAGCAGGAGUGGCGCAACAACGUGUAUCUGGCCAGGUCCAAGAUCCAGGGGCUGGGCCUGUAUGCUGCGAGGGACUUGGAGCGCCACACGAUGGUCAUAGAGUACAUAGGGGAGGUGAUUCGCCACGAGUUGUCAGAGAUUCGAGAGAAGCAGUACGAGGCUAAGAACCGAGGCAUCUACAUGUUCCGGCUGGACGAGGAGCGGGUGGUGGACGCCACCCUGAGCGGCGGGCUGGCGCGCUACAUCAACCACUCGUGCAACCCCAACUGCGUGGCGGAGAUCGUGGAGGUGGAGCGCGACCUGCGCAUCAUCAUCUUCGCCAAGCGGCGCGUCACGCGCGGCGAGGAGUUGGCGUACGACUACAAGUUCGACAUUGAAGACGACCAGCACAAGAUCCCGUGCAACUGCGGGGCGCCCAACUGUCGCAAGUGGAUGAACUAAGCAAAGUCACUCAACAUUCCUUCCUUUAUUUAGUCAUGUUUCCCACCAAAUGAAUAUUUGUAACGUAAACAUAGUAAAGUUUGGCUGAAAGUUUUUGUUUGUAGUAGUUACGGAAUAGCGUGUACUACAGUAUUUUUACACUUUUUAUGAUGCCAGCGCCGCUGCAGUUAUUGACUUUUUUUGUAAUUGUCCGUGCAAAGCAUUUGCUGUUGAUUUUUAUUUUUGUACAUAUGUCUUUCCAGGAUAUAGUGUUGGAAAGUAGAAUUAGAUAAACAAAUACAGUCUUUGUAAUCUAUUUUUUUUAUGUAAAAAAAUAUGAACAUUGAAAGUGAAUUUAUAUGAUGUACAUAGCCAGUGAUGCAGAUAUAAUUUUUUUUUUAAUUUAUGUUUUUCAGUGAUAACAGCAAUCAUCAGUAGUAUGUAAACUUAUUGUAUAUUGAAAUGAGUCGACUAUCGACUACAUCGUUCAUUGUGAUAACUGGUCACUCCUCCGCUGACGGGGUGUGUUUGAUAUUAUGGACCUUAUCUAUUUAUUGCUGGAAGAACAGCGUGUAAUUGUCACUCCUAUCACAGUUUGUUAAUAUUUUGUUACCUAGUUGUUGAUUGUGAGUCACUUUGCAGGGUAAUAUUGGAGCAGUAGUAGCUUGUACAGUCUGAUGUGUGUGUGCCGGUCUGUAAUGUUGGUGGCUUUGUAAUAUUUCUAUUUUGCGCUCUCUAGGCAUUUCACAUAGUUGUAAUUUUUGUCAGAAUGUUGUCCAAGCGAAGGGACAUACAUAGUUAUGAUUUAUUUUGACCUCUGGGUCAUGUUGUUAAAUUCUUAAUCCUAGUGGGACUAUUGCAUAUCCUUGAAGGGUUUUCCUGUUGAUAAAGUUUCAUUUUUCAUUUCUAUGCGUGAUUAUAGACAAUAUACAUGUAUAUUUCACUUUUCGCAAAGUUAUGAAUACUCGGCAUAGUUUCCUAAGUUGUGAAGGAAAAUCAAGAAGCGCGAUUAUAGUAUAAUUUUUAUCAUAAGUACAAAGAGGUGUUUAGAAUAUUAGAUAUAAUUUUAUUGAGGUCAUGCAAAAACUUAAAAAUACAUAUUAUUUAUCAUUGCUUAGAUGUAGAUUUGCAUAUGUAUGUGUUCACAUAUUAAUGUUUUUGUGUGAAUUUGUGAAUUCAAUAUUCAUGCUGUUUGCCAAAGUAAAAAAAAACAUUUGUUGAUAUUUGUUUUUUUUUUGUUUAGGUUGUAAUUCUGUUACGUACCAUUGUAUGUUUUUUGUAUAUAUUCGUGCAAUAGAAUAAUUUUAUGU